CACAGUCACACACAUCGAGCAUGGGAACGGACAGAGAUUUCGGUGCAGAACCGUCGUUUUGCGCGGCGGGUUGCGGUUUCUAUGGAGUCCGAGAGCAGCACGAUCUCUGCUCCAAGUGCUACGCCACUUUCCUCAGAGACCAAGUCGCGAAAUCAGCCGCCGAGGCGCCCACAGGACAAGCAUCGAACUCGGCUUCCGAGGUUGCCGUUUCUUUGGAUGAUCUGACCGCUUUAGUGAGCGAUCUGACUAUCGACGGUUCGACCCCAAGAACGAUCAAGAAGCAGAAUAGGUGCUCCGCGUGCAACAAGCGUGUCGGUUUACUAGGGUUCGAGUGCCGCUGCGGCGACGUGUUCUGCGGGGCACAUCGGUAUCCAGAAGAACACGACUGCAAUGUCGAUUUCAAGGUGGCCGCGAGGAGGAGAAUUGCCGAGGAGGAUCCUCUUUGCAAGGCCGAUAAGAUGGGUUUUAGUAUUUGAUAUUCAUAAGUUGUUGUUUCUUUCUCUUUAUUUCCCUUAAUUUUUAGGAACUCUUUUGUUGGAUCAGAAAGUUGUGUCCUGAGAAUUCUUGUUCUUUAACAA